AUGUAUUUUGGAGAUGGAAAAUUGCCCACAUGGAAUUUUAAUGAAUCGUUAUCAAGUUCAUUUCCAAGAGAUUCAUUUGAGACAUUUUCUUUUGAUUCAGGCUCAAUUGGUCGCCUUUUUCCCACUUCUGCUCUUGAUCGCUUCAAGCAUACACCAUUACGUCGAUUAUCUAGUGGUGAUAUUUAUAAUAGUACAGGAAGCGUCGUCCGCAAUAUUCCUAUCAAAAUUGAGAGGGCAAAAAAUGGCUACGACAUUAGUCGCGAUGAUGGUUCGAGCGAGCGUUUCAGUUCAGCGAAUCAUCCGAAUCGUCGAGAGAGUAGUGCUCCACCAGAAUCAUUCGUCACUCUACGUGUACCCAUAUCGUAA